AUGGCUGUGUCGAAGGCAGUCUCGGAACAAGAGCUUGAGGCGAAGGUAAGACGCGAAAUCCAAGCCUCGAUGGUCGAGCUCAAAGCUCAAGAGAGGCACAGGCGUAAACUUGAAGCUGCAAAGUUCUUGAUCAAGCUUGAAUGGCCCUUGGAUUCUCCUGAGACUGUUGCACAGGCAGCCGGCAUCCCAUCACCUGAUGAGGGUGCUAUUUCUGGCCCCUGCUAUUUUCUCGAGAUCAACGCUAUCAAUAAGGCCGCCAUCGAAGCAUACCUCAAGACAAAUCUGAGCCUUUCUGGCUUUUCUCCAACCUUUAUCCCUUGGAAUCCAGCAAGAAAGAGCCUUUCACCUCCCUCACUGCAUCCGACAUUGGACAUCGAAUCAACGCUACCUCAUCAACGACUAGAGUACGUGCAUGAUGAGCCAUGCCCCGCGCAGAAUGAGUACCCUGUUUGGUACUUCAUUUACGGAGACCUAGCUGAUCCCAGUGUAUUGGUCGAGCUACUGGGUGACAAUCUUCGAUUUUAUACGGCUGAGAUUAUCGGAGGAGGUUAUAUGGGAAAUUUCAGUCCAGCCAACAAUGUUGAAGAUCUUAUGUCCUUGACUUCUAUUGCAUUACAGGUUGAAACACAAGAACAGGAGGAUAUGUUACGGGCGUAUCAAGGGGAUGCCUACGAAGUCGUGCGAUGUCCCAUUUACGUUGCGUGUACGGACUAUAUAGAAUUUUUGGCUUAUGGAGAAGAGGUUCCUGGUUUGACAUUUCGGCUGAUCAAGAAAGCUACGGACUGA